ACUGUGAAUAUGCCUGCCAGUUAUUCUGAACAUACUCUGAGAACGCUCCCUGGAAUGCCGUCAGGGCCCGCUGUUUUGCGGGUGUUGACCUGAUUUUAAAAAGGUCAAGUCUUUUGACGGUUUACAAGAAUGACAUGAAUUAUACAGGAAAUGCAUUAGUGUAUGCGUUUCAUGAAAGACUCUUUGAGAGAGUUUUUGAAAGAGUUUGAUUUUGCAGACGUUAAUUUACUCUUUCAAGGAACAACAUAUUGUGCAUUUCAAAUGAUAAAUAGUAGCUGUUAAUAAAAAUAUGCUUUCAUAUUUAGGGUAAAUGUACGUAUAUUUUCUAAGUACCUGACAUCAGGACUAAGUUUAUAGAACUAUAGGACAGGAAUUCCACAGCUUCACCAUUGCCUGUGUACUAUAUCCUACCCUCUAAAUUAACCUGGGUCAACCACUUCAGUCAUUGAUCAAGGCUUUAUACCACAACCAUGGACACUCCACCACACUAUACUCCACUACACUCCACUCCACCACACUAUACUACACUCCACUAAACUACACUAUAUUACACUCCAUUACACUGCACAUUAGCCAGAUUUAGCCAAUCAAAGUCCAGCCAUACAGCUGCUUGCCAACCCAUUGUGUAAUUAGGGAUAGCGUCCGCACUAGCUGCUAAUCAGCUUUACUACUAGCGAGUGCUAAUACUAAUCCAAAAGGCCAAUCCUGGUUCCUCAUAUCAGCAAACUACUGCCUUACACUGUCUAUCAGCUGCCUGCUGCAACCUCAGCACUGCUUUGGUUCAUGCCUGAGGAAUCGCUAUCAGAAAUUGAGAAAGAGGCCACCCACUGGGCACAGACGUCAUUUCAACGUCUAGUUUUGAUUUACAUUUGGUUGAGUUGUCAACUAACGUGAAUUCAACAUGAUAUCAAGAAAACAUGUCAUUUGAUUUAUGUUAAAAGUUGGGUAGAAAAAAAAGAAGAAAUUCCCUUACGUUGAUGACUUUGCUAAUCCAAUCAGUUUUCCAAGUUGAUUCACGUCAUCACAUCAACAUUUUUGUUGAAAUGAUGUGGAAACAUUGUUGAUUUAAUAAGUUUUUCCCCAGUGGGCAGUAAUUAUUAAAUUGAUAUGCCGACCUUUUUGAAGUACAGUUGCUAAUAGGCUAAUGGCUAAUGAUAAAUCGGUAUCAGAUAUUGAGAAACAGUGAAUGGCUUUGAUGUCAUGCCCAUUAUUUCAUCAUCAUUUUCAGUGUAGUCAUGGUGACCUGUAUUCAUUGGACUAAUUAAAGAGUUCCUAACACACUGAGAGACGGAAAAAAACUACAACACCUGUUUAAAGCUGCCACACUUGUUUACAGCUGCUGCACCCGUUUAAGCUGCCGAACAUGUUUUAAAAGUAUACUUUAACAUAACACAAUGUACUGUACUGCAUACAUUAUUAAGGCAGCCUCCUGCACCUCAUUGAUCCAGAGGGGUGGGGAAGAAUGUGGAAGACAUAUUUCGGUUGAAUGCAUUCAGUUGACUGACUAGGUAUCCCCUUUCCCUUCCCUUGUGGUUUCUAUUCAAGGAGGUUUCACUUUCUGCUCUGUAGCAAAUUCACAACAGAUGCUGUGAUAUAUCCUCCUCCUCUCUCCUCCGUUUCCACGGUAACAGACCUGUUGCUCUCCAUAGCGCUGGGCAAUGCAUUUUCAGACUCUCUCUCUCCCCCUGUAUUUCAUGCAUGCGUGUGUGUGUGACACAUCUGUCAUCCGGGGUAUGAAAUAACCGCAGUUAGGGCCUUCGGACCGACCCAUUUAACUGUCAACCUUUGUGCUUUACACAAGUUAUGUAAGAGUAACACACACACUAUCCCCCAGUGCACUUGCAGUUAUGAAAUGAACUGAUAUGGCUUCCCCAGCCUAUUUGCUAAAGCCACACGCCCCCUUGGAAAUAAAGCACAGAUAAGGUAUUCAAUCUGUAUCACUGAAGCGUGAUAGAAAUGUAAAGGGAAUUUCAGAAUGAGCCGACACAUGCAGGACACAUGCAGCGUUUACCGUGAAUGCAGUCUGCACUAAGGCGGGAACAUUGUCUUUAAAUUUCAAUCACGCCAUAACGCUGAACUCCCACGAUACGGAUUGAAUAGAGCCCUUUAGGAUCCUUAACACCAAAUGCAGCUUUUUCAUUCACAGUGAAGGUGACAGUGACAGGCUUCCAGGAUGCUAAACUCUCUCUCAGCGGGUUAUAAGAGGGGAAGUCCUACCCAUUCAAAGGCUCCUUCCCCCCCAUGUGGAACCCAUUCGCCCUGAUGGACUACAACAACCUGUGGAGGAAGAUGGAUGAGAUGGGCAGCGAGAUCCCCAGAGAGGCUCCAUGGAGCGCUCCCCAUGCCGAGGAGUGGGACAAGAUGACCAUGAAGCAGCUCUUUGAUAAGAUCUGCUGGACCAGUUCUGCGAGGCGGUUCGCCACUCUGUUUGUGAACGUGAAUGUGACCUCUGAACCCCACGAGGUGUCUGCCCUGUGGUUCCUCUGGUACAUCAAGCAGUGUGGAGGGACCAUGAGGAUCUUCUCCACCACCAACGGAGGACAGGAGAGGAAGUUUUUGGGAGGUUCCAGCCAGAUCAGUGAGUGUAUGGCCAAAGAGCUGGGUGAGCGGGUCAAGAUGGAGUCUCCUGUCUACAAGAUCGACCAGACAGGGGACAUGGUCGAGGUCGAGACGCUCAACAAGGAAACAUACAAGGCCAAGUAUGUGAUUGUGGCGACCCCUCCUGGUCUGAACUUGAAGAUGCACUUCAAACCCGAGCUGCCCCCUCUCAGAAACCAGCUGAUCCACAGGGUCCCCAUGGGCUCUGUCAUCAAAUGUAUUGUCUACUACAGAGAGAACUUCUGGAGGAAGAAAGGGUACUGUGGCACUAUGGUGAUCGAGGAAGAAGAGGCACCCAUUGGCUUGACUCUGGAUGACACAAAGCCCGAUGGGACUGUGCCCGCCAUUAUGGGCUUCAUCCUGGCCCGCAAGUGCAGGAAGCUAUGUGGACUGACGAAAGAGGAGAGGAAGAAGAGGAUCUGUGAGAUCUACUCCAGAGUGCUGGGCUCAGAGGAGGCUUUGCAUCCUGUGCACUAUGAGGAGAAGAACUGGUGUGAGGAGGAGUAUUCUGGAGGCUGCUACACUGCUUACUUCCCCCCUGGUAUACUCACCCAGUACGGCAAGGUUCUCAGGGAGCCAGUAGGCAGGCUGUACUUUGCAGGAACAGAGACAGCUACUGAGUGGAGUGGCUAUAUGGAGGGGGCUGUUCAGGCUGGGGAGAGGGCCGCCAGAGAGGUCAUGUUUGCAAUGGGCAGGAUUCCACAGAGUCAGAUCUGGCAAACAGAGCCUGAGUCAGUGGAAGUUCCAGCACUCCCGUUUGUCACCACCUUCUGGGAGCGCAACCUUCCAUCUGUGGGCGGGUUCCUCAACUUCCUGGGCGUAGCCUCCGUACUGUCUGUUGCCACUGCAGCAGGCAUGUUGGCCUAUCAGAAGGGGCUUCUCACACGGAGCUAAACCUAAACACCUCCCACCUCCUUCUCUCCUGCAUUUCCAGAGGGCAAUUCUCUAACGGCACACUAUUCCCUUUACAAUGCACUCCUUUUGACCACAGCUAGAGUAGUGCUCCACUUUUGACCACAUAGAGUUCUGGUCUAAAGUAAUGCACUCUAUAGGAAACAGGUUGCCAUGUGAGACGUUGUCACUCUGUGUCAUAGGCCUUGGUAAAGACCGUUCAGCUCUGUCAUUCACUACUGUACCAUCCAUUGUUCUAAAAACCUCCAUCCUCCACAGUGUCCCAACACAGGAUCUCUCAAGACCAGCUCACAAUAAUAUUGUCUGUUCUGCUAAGAUUGCUCUUUGAUACCUGAGAUGGGAGAUGAGAGAGAGAGAAUCCCUAGCCAAAAAAAGGCUGUGAUUCAGAUUCUCAAACCAAUGAAGGAUGACAACGAAAUCAGUUAUUAAAACAGUAGCUUUCCCAAUUACAUUAUUAUUCACAAAUCUGCAUUGACUGUUUGAGAAUGUGUGUUAAUUACCUCUGCUGAUUUUAGGUGCUGACUAAUCUGAUCUAUAAUGUCAUAGAAGCUGUAACCAGCUCUAAGUUUAGUAACAGUUUAGCAACGGCAUAAUAUUGUCAGAAUACCUAUGUUAUUAAUGUAUCCAGAAUCCUGCAUCCAGAGAUGUUGUUUCUCCGUUACACUGCUGUCAACAGUCAUAGUAAUCCUUGUAAAGAGAAUGGGAAAAUGUUUUAUGUAUUUUCACGAUUAGAUGAUUUAAUUGUUGUUGUAUUAUAAUCUCCUAUGAGUAUAUUUUAAAUAUUAUGCAUUUCAUUAGAUUUUUUACCAAUGAGGCUCGAUCUUCAUGAACUGUAUUUUGAAGUUACCCAUUUAGAGUCCAUCAUUUUAUUGUCUGGGACCAUUUUUAAGAAUACCGAACAAACAAAAAAUACUAAGAAUAUUACUACAGUAAUACAAAAAUACGAUAUUCUCUCAUCUAUGAUUUCAGUAGGUAGAUCUCCAUCCAUUAUUUCACACAACCUGUGUGCACAUGUGUGCGUGCGUGUGUAAUUAUUAUGAAUUAAGACUUUAUUUGUAACCGUUCUAUUUAAAUGCUCUCAUUGAUACAUAUUGAUUGAUCAUAGAAAUAUUUAAGGCAGUAUUUAUUUAGCCGCCUACCCGUUAACCAGCUAAAUAAACAAUGCCUAUAUUUAAACUUAUCAUAUUGAUUCUCCCAUGUAUUUCUGCUGAAGCCAGAGCAUACCCUAUGGAAGAGGCACAUCAUUUACCAGAAAGUAGCCUUGUAGUUUUAGAAUUUUUGUAGACUUUUUGAAUGGUCUUCAAUGGGCAAAAAUGUAAGGCAAUGGUCUUCAAGCUAAAUACUUCAUAAAAGUAAAUGCGGAAGUAAAUUCAUCCACAAACACAAAUAUCAUUUUAUACACAUCUUAAAUGAUCGCUUUAAUUUUUUUUAAAUUAUGUAAUCAUCAAGCCCAUUCAAAAAAUUAGGGGACAUCACCUCGAAGUAAAGCAGAAGGUGUGGUUACUUUCAGAGGGUAUUGAGCUUGCUUCUAACUACAGCUAAUUUGCCCAUGAUACUGAAUAAGUCCAGUUUCACAGUAUUUUCAGCAGAUAUUCUUCUCUUCGCCUAACAAAUAUUUAUGAAACAGAUUUCUAUCCAAUAAUAAAGAUUCCUCAACAAAAACAAAAAAACAAGACAACAGUGGAAGAAAAUAAAAUGUGAGUGAAAUAACAUCAAUAUCUAGAUCUAUAUAGAUGAACAGAAUUACUGCUCUGAGUAGAUAAGAGAAUCAACCUGUAAGACCAUCUGUUCUGAAGCGUACGGUCGGUCGGUCGUACAGUGAGUGGUGGAACAUUGUGGUGUUGUCCCUAAAGACGUGUGCGUACGCCGUGAGUGUAGUCCAUCUUGCCUUAAUAUAAGUUGUGGUGUUUUGACAUUUUUCAAGUGCCUGUGUGACUGACACUCAUUCCCCGUCCCCCGUCCCGCUGUACCCCCCGUCUGGUUCAUUUGGCGUUAACUAGAGCUCAUUGGCCACUUUUGGAUUGAGUGCUCGUUCUGAUAUGUCUUAAUUUCUUGUUCUUAAUUUUUUUUUUACAUUUGUGUAUUGUUACUGUUUUGCUAGAUAUUGCUGCACUGUUGGAGCUAGAAACAUAAGUGUUAUGCUGCACCUGCGAUAACAUCUGCAAAAAUGUGUACGUGACCAAUAAAUUGUGAUUUGAUUUUGACACCUUCUUAGGCCAAUGACUGAGCUCUGUUUCCGGCAGGCGAGCGUCUGAGGCUGAACAAACAAUCAUGCUAACAUCCAUGAUGCUACGCUUAGCUUUCUGGCACCAGUUGUGUAUGUGUGAAUCUUAAAAUGACAGACUGUGAACUGUGUAAAUCCGCCCAUACAUCUCUAGCUAAACUCUCUAUCUAGAUGUUCUGUAGUGUUGUUAUUGCUGUACUCCUCAGAUAUGCUAUCUAUCCCUUAGCUUAGCUUACAUCCUACCUUGACACUAAACUUGAAUCCCUACCCCCAGGCUCCAAGCGUUUCUUCUUUCUGCAUUUGAUUCACCUCAAAGUAACUUUUGCUCAGAGGCCUGGUUGUAACCAGAAUCAGAUGAGUAGGGAUUGGACCAUGAUGUCAAGAAAGAUCUCAACAUUCUCAAAGAAGUAUAGUUGAAGAACAGUCUGAUGGAAAACUAGUGAACGGAAAUACAGGAACCAACUGGAAACAGCUGCUCCCUGGUGUCCUGGAUGACAUGUCAUCAGUGUCCUGGUUCCCUGUGUGACAUCAUCAGUGUCCUGGUUCCCUGUGUGACAUCAUCAGUGUCCUGGUUCCCUGUGUGACAUCAUCAGUGUCCUGGUUCCCAGUAUGACAUCAUCAGUGUAAUCCCUCUGUGAGACUGCUUCUAGGCCUGACACGGUCUGUUGUAUUCCGUCCCUCUCUCAAUGGCUGGCUGUGUGUGAAAUGUCAUACCUUCUAAUCGUCUAAUUGCAUUCUUUGAUGUCUUUAAAUGAUUCCUCUACAAAGCUGGUGAUAAAAACAUUGAAUUUACCUCC